GAAUGAUCAUCACUGUCACCAUCCUGAUUAGUCGUUCAUGUCGCCUGACCAGUCCGAUUCUUUCUUGCCAAUAGAUGCCCCUGGCAUGCGAGCACGCGGGCAAGGCGCGGCAUUCCGGCCAUUAUUCCAACCCUGGCUUGGCCCGGAUUCUGAUCAUCGUGCAGCGCACUGCCAAAAGGGGAAUGAUAGUUGCAGCCUUAAAUCACGAUCUCAUGACCAAUCGCCCUUUUCUUCGUGCAUUCUACGUACUUAUAGAGGUAUAAGGCCACCCAGCUUGAUGUCGUCCCAUCGCUUAGGAGGCCUUUUGGGCCUUUUAUAAUCCACUAUGGUUGCUCUUGUAUUGUAUUUAGCACUUUUGUGCCACUUUUCCCCCGGGACACUGUCGUCCUCCGGGGUAGAAACUCUGACACCACGAGCUUCGGAAGUAGCUUACUCCCCCCCAUAUUACCCAGCACCGCCUGGAGGAUGGCUGUCCGACUGGUCGGAUGCCUAUGAGAAGGCACACAAUGUCGUGAGUAAGAUGACCUUGGCUGAAAAGGUGAAUCUUACUACUGGCACGGGUAUCUUCAUGGGUCCUUGUGCCGGCCAGACUGGCAGUGCUCUUCGGUUCGGAAUCCCCAGCCUGUGUCUCCAUGACUCUCCCCUUGGGGUCCGCAACUCAGAUCAUAACACGGCUUUUCCGGCUGGAAUCACAGUUGGAGCGACAUUUGACAAGGACCUCAUGUACGAGCGCGGAGUCGGCCUAGGCGAAGAGGCGCGAGGCAAGGGAAUCAACGUUCUUUUGGGGCCAUCCGUUAACCCCAUCGGACGGAAACCCCGAGGGGGCCGUAACUGGGAGUCGUUCGGAGCUGAUCCCAGCCUACAGGCCUUUGGAGGGUCGUUGACGAUCAAGGGAAUGCAGAGCACAGGUGCCAUUUCUUCGCUCAAGCACCUAAUCGGAAAUGAACAGGAAAUGCAUCGGAUGAGCAGUGUUAUCACUCAGGGCUAUUCGUCAAAUAUCGAUGACAGGACUUUGCACGAACUUUACCUGUGGCCAUUUGCGGAGGGAGUGAGGGCUGGUGCAGGUUCGGUCAUGAUUGCGUAUAACGAUGUGAAUAGGUCCACCUGUAGUCAGAAUAGCAAGCUCAUUAAUGGUAUUCUGAAGGAUGAACUGGGCUUCCAAGGGUUUGUUGUCACCGACUGGCUGGCCCACAUUGGCGGGGUUUCAUCAGCAUUGGCUGGCUUGGACAUGAGCAUGCCGGGUGAUGGGACCAUCCCUCUCCUCGGCACUAGUUAUUGGGCAUGGGAGUUGUCCCGUUCCGUUCUGAACGGCUCGGUCCCAGUCGAUCGUCUCAAUGACAUGGUUACGCGAAUCGUGGCAACAUGGUACAAAAUGGGACAGGACAAAGAUUAUCCGCUACCCAACUUCUCAGGAAACACGCUUGACAAGACUGGGCCUUUGUAUCCGGGCGCCCUGAUUUCCCCGAGUGGCAUUGUCAAUCAGUACGUCGACGUUCAGGGCAACCAUAAUAUUACGGCCAGAGCAAUUGCCAGAGAUGCAAUCACGUUGCUAAAGAACAACGACAAUAUUCUGCCGCUGAGACGAAAUGGCACCCUGAAGAUAUUUGGCACCGAUGCCGGGACCAAUUCGGACGGCAUCAACUCCUGCGCGGACAAGGGCUGCAACAAGGGUGUAUUGACCAUGGGCUGGGGAAGUGGGACAUCCCGACUCCCUUAUCUUGUGACGCCGCAAGAGGCCAUCGCCAAUAUCUCAUCCACUGCCGAGUUCUACAUCACGGAUAGGUUUCCUGCCAGCGUCUCCGCCGGACCCGAUGACAUUGCGAUCGUCUUCAUUAAUUCGGACUCGGGCGAGAACUACAUCACAGUCGACGGCAAUCCAGGGGACCGCACAGUGGCAGGACUACACGCUUGGCACAACGGGGAUGACCUCGUCAAAGCCGCUGCAAAGAAGUUCUCGAACGUGGUCGUGGUGAUCCACACCGUCGGACCCAUCCUAAUGGAGGAGUGGAUCGAUUUGGACCCGGUCAAAGCGGUGCUCGUCGCUCAUCUGCCCGGACAGGAAGCCGGCUGGUCAUUGACAGACAUCCUCUUUGGCGACCACAGCCCGAGCGGCCAUUUGCCUUACACCAUCCCUCGCAGCGAAUCUGAUUAUCCGGAGAGCGUCGGACUACUUUCCCAGCCCUUUGGUCAAGUCCAGGACGACUACACGGAAGGCCUCUAUAUCGAUUACCGACACUUCUUGAAAGCGAACAUCGCCCCUCGAUACCCAUUCGGGCAUGGCCUCUCCUACACCACAUUUAAUUUCACCGACCCCCGUCUCUCCACCGUCAAGCCUCUCGAUACGGCCUAUCCCGCCGCGCGAUCCUCCAAAGGCUCCACGCCCACAUACCCCAACACAAAGCCCGCACCAUCGGAAGUCGCCUGGCCAAAGAACUUCAACCGCAUCUGGCGCUAUCUCUAUCCCUAUCUAGACAACCCCGAAGCCGCUGCAGCCAACUCCUCGAAGACAUACCCUUACCCAGACGGAUACACCACGGAGCCCAAGCCAGCGCCCCGAGCUGGUGGAGCUGAGGGUGGAAACCCAGCCCUAUGGGAUGUGGUCUUCUCCGUGCAGGUUCAAGUGACAAACACAGGAUCUCGGGAUGGUCGCGCCGUUGCUCAGCUGUAUGUGGAAUUACCCAGUAGCCUGGGACUCGAUACUCCGUCACGUCAGCUACGGCAGUUCGAGAAGACGAAGGUAUUGUCUGCGGGGCAGAGCGAGGUCCUGACGUUGGAUCUCACGCGCAAAGAUCUGAGUGUUUGGGAUGUGGUGGUUCAGGACUGGAAGGCGCCCGUUCAUGGGGAUGGGGUUAAGAUCUGGGUUGGUGAGAGUGUGACCGACAUGCGGGUUGGAUGUACAGUUGGGGAAGGUUGUUCUACGUUGUAACCAUUUUCGGUUAAUUUUGGUUUAUGCACGCGGGGGUCUAUACAAUGAUAGCAAUAUACACACCCUAUGGCAUGAGGGUAAUUG